GCUGAACCGGAAGUACACCGGUUAUCAGAUUAUAACACUGGCAAGCAUCGGCCAUUACGUAGUCAUAAAUCUCUUGAAUUUUCACGAGAAACACUUUAUUUUAUGAUUAUACAUAGUAGUUUGUCCUGAAAGCUUAUAAAAAUUGCUGCCGGUUGCAACGCGAUAUGCCAACUGACCACAACUCAUCAUGCUCUUCCUUUUGAAUACUAUCCUGUUUCUCGCAUGCUAUGCGAAUGCGGAAGUUGCGGCUGCACAGUCGGCAUCCAGCUACAGGCAGGCUCGAGCAGUGAGCUUAAGCCUAGCGGGAACGAUUGGAUUCUCGCCCCGUGACAUACUGUUGGAAAGUCUGGAAUCAAAAACCUGCUUCGAUAUGAAGAACGCCGGAAAGCGCGUCGGCACGGAGGUGGUUCUCAACAGUUGUGGAUUUCCUGUGCCGUCCUGGAAUCAACUAUUCACCCUGCAGGAUGUGGACGGGCAGCAUUUCGUGAUUAACAACCGCAAUCACAAGUGUCUGACAUUCUCGUCAUCGCAGGCUCUUGCUUCCGCCGACCAAUGUACCGGUGAUAGUGCAAAAUUCUACCUGGAUAUGUCGGCGGAUGGGCAGUCGUAUCUGUUGCGUCAGAAAGGCUCAAACCGCUGCGUAACCACCACCGACCGAUUCGGUACCAAUGGCGGUGAUGAAGGCCUCAAAGCCGCUGCCUGUGACCGGAAUGAUCCGCGACAGUUCUGGAGAAUUUUUUCAAAGGAUAAGCCUAGACGAUUCGCUCCCCAUCCUUCUCGGUGUUCGAAUUAAAAACAUUUAAAUCGCUCAAACGUCAGCUGAUACACGUUUUUCUUGGACAUAUUUCUGCAGUAAUAUAUAAAAUUUCAUUGUACGAACCCACAUUCGCUUCAUCAUGCAUGCACUUAUCAUAAAAACGUUUUCAUGACUGUGUACAGGCUGCUUAUACAAACUUAAAACUGAUAUUAUAACAAAUUUGUGCCAAUGCUUCGUAAUUAUUGGACAUCUGCCGCAUUCGCA